GGAGUUAAUCUGCUCCCUGAAGAUAUAUGCGUGUGUGUGCUGAAGUUCUAGGAUUCCUUUGCUCAGCUUAUUUGACUUACUGAGGAGCCUGAUUUUUCGUUUCCUCAUGAAUUAUCUUCCACCUCAGGCAAGGUAGAGGUGUGAAUUAACUCAACAUGAGCGGCCUCGGGAACAGCUCGACAGACCCGGCUAACCCAGAUUCCCAGAAGAGGAAGGGGUCGCCUUGUGACACCCUGGCCCAGAGCAAUGAGAAACGGCGCAGGGAGCAAGAGAACAAAUACUUGGAAGAGCUGGCAGAGCUGCUUUCCGCCAAUAUUGGAGAAAUUGACAGCCUGAGUGUCAAACCUGACAAAUGCAAGAUUCUGAAGAAAACUGUCGACCAGAUCCAGCAGAUGAAGAGACUCGAGCAAGAAAAAACAGCUGAUGAUGAUGUCCAGAAGUCUGAUAUCUCGUCCAGCAGCCAAGGAGUGAUCGAAAAGGAAUCUCUGGGGCCUCUUCUUUUGGAGGCACUCGACGGCUUCUUCUUUGUGGUGAAUCGUGAAGGGCGGGUUGUGUUUGUGUCUGAGAAUGUGACCGGCUACUUGGGCUACAAUCAGGAGGAGCUGAUGAACACGAGCGUCUACAGCAUCUUACAUGUGGGAGACCAUGCGGAGUUUGUCAAGAACUUGCUGCCCAAGUCACUCGUAAACGGAGUUCCUUGGCCCCAAGAAUCCACCAGACGCAACAGCCAUACCUUCAACUGCAGAAUGCUAAUCCGUCCCCCGGACGAGCCAGGUGUGGAGAACCAAGAGGCCCGCCAGCGUUACGAGGUCAUGCAGUGCUUCACAGUGUCUCAGCCGAAACUGAUCAAGGAGGAAGGCGAAGAUUUGCAAUCCUGUCUGAUCUGCAUCGCGCGGAGGAUCCCUCGACCCACAGCCCCCACCACUUCAGAAUCCUUCAUGACCAAGCAAGAUACUACAGGUAAAAUCAUCUCCAUCGACACCAGUUCCCUGAGAGCGGCAGGCCGGACCGGCUGGGAGGAUUUAGUGCGGAAAUGCAUCUAUGCUUUCUUCCAGCCUCAGGGCAGGGAGCCAUCGUAUGCCAAGCAGCUAUUUCAGGAAGUGAUGACACGGAGCACAGCCUUUAGCCCAUCUUAUCAGUUCACCCUAAGUGAUGGGACGGUGCUGAGCGCCCACACCAAGUGCAAACUCUGCUGCCCUCAAAGCCCGGACAUGCAGCCUUUCAUCAUGGGCAUUCACAUCAUUGAGAGAGAACAUGGCACCCUCUUGCCUCAAGAGAACACUAGCCCUGGGAUGCCUCUUCCUCGCGUCGGUCCUUCGCUGAACCCCACCAUGUCUCCGGGACAAGGCAUGGCUCUGCCCUCGGCCCUCCCUCACUCCAACGGCAGCCUGCUGACAGCCAGUGGAAACCACCCGCCCGGGUCCGGCCUGCAUGGCAGCAGCAAUGCCGGUGCUGGCCAAGCCAGUUUUGGAUCCGGGAGCCAGGUGGGGGCGAACGUUGCCUUAAGCCAGGGGCAGGCCGGUCCCCAGAACAGUAACCACGCUCUGACCUUCAGCAGCUCCCCCAUGAACAGCCCCGGGGUCGCCUCGCCACAGUUCAUGUCCCCCAGGCAUCGGGUAAGUCCAGGACUGGCCCACAAGCCCAGAGUGCCAAGCAACCCUUUUUCCCCCACCAUGCCCGCCACGCACUCCCCCGGGGGCAUGGGGGGCAGCUGCAGUGCCAGCAGUGCCAUCAGCAACCGGCCUUUCCCAGGCACCCCCCUGAACUCCAUGCAGGGGCUGGCGGAAGGGCCCAGCCCCCCGCUGGGCUACCCCACCCCACCUCCUGCCCUGCGGCAGCUGAGCGGCCAGAACUCACCCGGCCGCAUGGGCCUGCCGCCCCUGAAAACGGAGCCCAAAGACAGCAAGGAGAUCAGCUCCAUCCUGUGCAACAUGGUCCACUCCGAAGGCGGCCUGGGCGACAGCAAGCCCCUAGACCCCGGCUUGCUGCAUGGCAGCGAGAGGCUCUCGGAGGGCGACAGCAAGUCUUCGCAGGUCAGCCACAAGCUAGUCCAGCUCCUGGCCACCACCGCCCAGGAGCAGCUGCGGCACGUGGAGGGAGACGCCGGCUGCAAGGAGCCCUUGUCUUGUACGGGGGCCUCGGGGGCCCCAGCCUCCGGGAACCCCACCGGCAGCGCCUGCCCCUCCUCUCACAGCUCCCUCACAGAGCGGCACAAGAUCUUGCACCGGCUCCUCCAGGAGGGCAGCCCUUCUGACCUCACCGCCCCUUCCCUGGAGCAGGACAAGAAAGAGGGCGGGCCUGGCGGAGGAGGCGCUGCUGCCGCCACUGCCGCCCCUCCUCAGAGCCAGGCCCCCGGGACCCCUGACCUCAGGCUGGAGGCGGAGGCGGCGAAGAAGAAGGACUUGAAGGACCACCAACUCCUCCGCUACCUGCUCGACAAGGACGAGAAAGAGCUGGCGUCGAACCCCACCCUGAGCCUGGACGAUGUGAAGGUGAAGGAGAAGUCCGACCACAUGGACCCCUGCAGCACCGCUCCAGGCCCGCUGACGAAGCCCCCUGCGCAGGAGGAGCUGAAGCUGCAGCCCCAGGGCCAGUUUGCAUCUGACCUUGACCAGAUCCUGCCAUCGCUGGAGAAAGCAGCCCAGCUGCCUCCUGGCCUAUGUGGUCCGGAGACAACGGAAAGUGGGGGCAUUUCCAUCAAGACCGAGAUCCUGACACCAUCCCACCAUCCCAGUACUGCUGCAAGAACUCCCACGGCAAUGAGCUCUGUUAACGGCGGGCAAGGGAUGCAAGCCGGACGGUCCCCCUUUGAGUUCUGUGACCCCAUGGAGCCCGUUCAGCUCAGGACGGCGCCUUUCCCUGUGACGAACGGCAGCAGUCCUCACCCUGGCUUGCCAUCCGAGCAGGGCAGAGGAGCAGUACCUGGACCAAACCCUUUCCAGCCUGACACGGGAUUGCCCGAACUGGAAUUGGGAGUUACAGAACACUCGUUUGGGCAGCCAGCAGUGGGGGAACAAAAUCCGUGGGCAGACACCACCAUGACUUCCAUCAACCGAGGACCUAUAAGCAAGCCAGACGACCAGUGCAUCACUUCCCAGCUGGACGAGCUCUUGUGCCCUCCCACGACCCCAGAGGGACGCAACGACGAGAAAGCCCUUCUGGAGCAGCUGGUCUCCUUCCUGAGCGGCAAAGACGAGAACGAGCUGGCGGAGCUGGACCGCGCCCUUGGCAUCGACAAACUGGUGCAGGGGGGUGGCCUGGAAGCGCUGACCGAGAGGUUCCAGCCGCAGCAAGUGACGCCGCCCCCUUCGCCUCUGGUGAUGGAUCAGAAGCCUGGCAUGUACCCACAGCCUUAUUCCUCGGCCUCCCCCACCACCAACCUCCCCAGCCCCUUCCCAGGCAUGGUCAGGCAGAAGCCGUCCUUCGGGCCCAUGUCAGUCCAGGUCCCGCCGCCGCCCCGUGGGGCCUUCCCCACCACCAUGGGGAUGCAGCCGCGGCAGGCGCUCAGCCGGCCUCCGCCAGCGCCCAACCAGUUGCGGCUGCAGCUGCAGCAACGGCUGCAAGGGCAACAGCAGUUGAUACACCAAAACCGGCAGGCUCUCCUGAACCAGUUUGCAGCGAACCCCCCAGGUGGCCUCAGCAUGAGGGCAGGCAUGCAGCAGCAGAUCACGGCGCAGCCGCCCUUGAACGCGCAGAUGAUGGCUCAGCGCCAGCGGGAACUGUACAGCCAGCAGCACCGGCACCGGCAGCUCAUGCAGCAACGAGCCAUGCUCAUGCGGCAGCAGCAGAGCUUUGGAAACAACCUCCCUCCCUCGGCCGGGGUCCCUGUGCAACUGGGGGCCGGGCGCCUCCCCCAGGCCCCCCCACAGCAGUUCCCUUUCCCUCCCAACUAUGGUACGAAUCCAGGAAACCCCCCUACCUCCACCAGCCCCUUCUCCCAGCUGGCAUCGAACCCCGAGGCAGCACUGGCCAGCCGCGGCAACAUGGUGAACAGGGGGAUGAUGGGAAGCAUCGGAGGACAGUUCGGCUCCGGGAUGAACCCGCAGAUGCAGCAGAACAUCUUCCAGUAUUCAGGGUCAGGAAUGGGUCAGCAAGGCGAGGCCACUUUCGCACCUUCGCUCAGUCCCAGCAGCCCCUUGAUGUCGCCGCAGAUCCCCCCUUCACAGAGUCCCAUGCUCCAGUCGGCCCCACCCACGCCUGGGUACCAGUCACCAGAUAUGAAGACCUGGCAGCAAGGAACCAUGGGGAAUAGCAGUGUCUUUGGCCAAGCUGGGCAGACCCAGCCUCCACCGGCCCAGCAGGGGAUGUACAACAACAUGAGCAUCACGGUCUCCAUGGCUGGAGGGAACGCCAGCGUCCAGAAUAUGAACCCGAUGGCCGGACAGAUGCCGAUGAGCUCGCUGCAGAUGCCUGCCAUGAACCAGCUGUGCUCCGAGCAGGUGAACGACCCAGCUCUCAGACCCUCAGGUCUCUACUGCAACCAGCUCUCCUCCUCUGACCUUUUGAAAACGGAAGCAGACGGCGCACAGGUCCAGCAGGUCCAGGUGUUUGCAGAUGUGCAGUGUACGGUCAACCUGGUGGGCGGAGACCCUUACCUGAACCAGCCAGGCCCGGUGGGCGCCCAGAAAAGCUCGGCCGGCCCUCAGAACCCUCAAGCCCAGCAGAAAAGCCUCCUUCAGCAGCUACUGACGGAAUAACCUGCUUUUCAAAGGAAUGUGAAAUUUAAAUAAUAAGACAGAGAUAUAUAUAAAUAUAUAUAUAUUAUAUAUUUUUCUGAGAUUUUUGAUAUCUCAAACUUGCAGCCAUUCUUCAGCUCUCGUAGUGUUUGGAGCAAAAAGAGUUUUGCUUUUUUUUUUUUUCCCCCCUCCCCUUUCUCUUUUUUUUUAAAGGUGUCGGCAAAGUGACAAGUUGAGCCAAAAUUACAGAUGAUCCUUAUUUUUGUAAUCAGUUGCUGGCUUCUUAUCCCUGAUGGAGGUUUACUCGCAGGAGGGCGUUGUGAAAGCAAGGAGAGGCAUUGAGUGGGGCAGGGGGAGGAGAAGCCGUGUUCUCAGUUUCAGCUGGAUCUGUCACUGAUUAUUUGCAUCUUCAGCGAAGGAGGAAUUGGGUGAAUAAUCACAGGUCUCUCUUCUCUGGGGAAGGGAUGUUUCUAGCUAUUCUGAAAAACAUACACCCUCACCCGCUGUCGCCCUCCCCCCACCCCGCCCCGCCCCAAUCCGUUUGUGCAAUCAGCUUUUUCUAGCAAUCGUGAGUCUGUCAGUUUUAAAGAAAAAUAAGAAUAAUAAUGAGAGAGUAUUUUGACCCACCAUUUUUUCCAUAUUUUAUGCUGGUAUAUAGACAGCCUCCUUAGUGAGAAAGAGGCUUCUGUGUAUAUGACACUUGGGUGGGUGGGAGCUCGUACAAAAACUAAUAUAAUAAUUUUUGAAAAGAAAACACAAAAGUACCGUUUGGGGGAUAAUUGCAAUAUUUUUAGGGUGGGGAGGGAGGGAGAGUCAGCCCCGGGAGCAGUCGACCAAGUCCCACUGCUAGGAUUAUUUCAUUUCCAUGGGAUUUGGGGAGGGGGACUGCCCCACAAGCCCCAUCAACACGAAAUGGGGGAUGCACUUGCAGAAGCUCUUAGCACGCUGCACCCUUUGGCAAUUAUUGUAGAUAAAAGGAAAACUGAUUAAAAUUAAGCACUUGGUUCUCUCUGCUUUGAUUGUUUAACAGCCAAGGUAGCGUAAAACUAUUUAAUAUUGAUUAUGAUUAUUAUAAUAAAAAGGCGAUUCUCUGUGAAACAGGAGACAAGCUCUUCUUCUUUGCCCCCUCAAACCUAUCCGUGUAAAUAGCUCAAGACCUCUUGUACAAAUUGGUUUCCUUCCUUUUUUAGUUGGGGAUUGCUCUUAAAUAGCAUUGCUUUUGGAUGGGUAAGGCGGGUUGGGGAGUUGUUAUUUCUUUCCUCUCUUUCUCUUUCUGAAAUUUUGUUGAUGUGUGAAAAACUGUGUAGCUUUUGUUAAUUGAAUUUGCAAGAGUUUAAAAAACAAAGAGACAAA